AUGGGCUCCUUGCCACCAGCUCUGCUCGCUCGUCUUCAAAAACGUGGAAUUGUAAGAGCAGCAAAUGAAGAGGUUAUUGCUGAGAGUUACGAUUCCGCUGAUGCAAAGGAGAAGAAAGCUAAUGAAGCAAAUUCUUCUGGAGCACCUGGAUGUCCCAAUAAAUACAACCCAUACCAUCUUUGUUCUGAAUAUUGCUAUGAUCACUGGAGGGAAGGGACACCAGAGAAUCGGUAA